AUGCCUCCCUCUCCAACCACAAAAUCUUCCUCUUCCUCAGAUGGCCCUUACCCAUCUGCCCCACAUCGACGGUCUUCAGGUCAAUCGCGACGCGUCUCAGGCACGGAGUCUUCCCCUGUCCAUCGAUCCUCUCCACGGACUUCAGGACAGCCCAAGGGCGGCAGAGUCCAGUUUUCUGCGUGUGGUGCUUGUCGCAUGCGCAGGUACUUCCGGUGUGACCUCAAAGAUCUGCCCGUGUCUAAAAAUGGCCACCAGUCUCAGUGUUCUAACUGCAAGGAAAGAGACUUGAAGUGCAUUGAUGAGUUUGCCGAAGUCAAAGCUGUCAAGCUCCUCCGCCGUGGUCGCAGGCUCCAACAAGUCGAAGCUAUAUUCGGUAAAAACGCCGAGGACGACAAUGAUCUAUUUCAGCCUCCGUCAACCUCGCCCGAUGCCAUCCCCAAACUUACGACACAGUUCUUUUCGUCAGAAUUUUUCCGUAUCUUCUGCAUUCAAUACCCUAUCAUUAUCCCCGCUGAGUUCUGUCAGCGAUAUAUUGAAUUUAUCAAUGGAAGGUCUGGCUCCCUUACGAUCGGCGGCCAACUCGUUGCCAUCCUCCUUGUCGUAUGGGCAGCCAGCUUCGGCGUUGACGAGUACGGUGUGGACAACACCCAGCACGGAGACCGUCCCAAUCUUCGCGAACGUAAGCAAAACAUCAACGAGAUGGUCAGCGAGCUAUUGGUGCUGUUUGACAUCCACGGAGUGAUGCGCAAACCCAGCUGGGAUGGCGUUCGUGCACUCCUUCUGCUGCUUCCUCUAACGGAGGAUGUCCAAAAUCUAACGGAACGAAUGGUCAUGCAUGAGACCGCCAUGAGCCAGGUGUCGGCUUUGAUACGUAUGACUUCGGUCCCGCAUGCAAUCACCGGUCGCGGAAAAGACGUCGACAUUCUCUUCCAAGCACGGAUAUUUUGGCAUGCGUAUACCACAGAGGGUAUCGCUAACGGCCUAUAUGGUGGCCGCUUAGUUCUUACCGAGGACGAUCUCGCUUCGUUCCAGAAAACGUUACCUUCCCUGGACAUCGGUAACUUGACGCAGCCCUCCGUCUCCCUUGGUGUACAUUACCGUCUGGCGUCGAUUCCUCUCAAGCUCGCAUCGGCCUGCCGUAAUCUACAUCAGUGCCUGACUGGACCAGAAGCCCAGCGCCGGCACAGCAUCGACGAGGGCAGAAUCCGCAAUCUGUGGGACACCCUGGAACAAUGCUCCAAGGAUUUGGACGAGUUACGCCAUCUGGCCAAUCUGGGGAUGGUCAAGGAAGAGGAUGUCACGCAGUAUGCCGAUGCAUGGCAGAUACGCAUCUUUGAGUGCUACUACAACAUUCGUGAUACUCUUAAGCAACGUGCAUUCUCCGAUACCAACAGGGACUUUGAAACCAGUGUCUUGGGAUCGUCGCUCACUUCGGACAUCACUUUGCGUCUGUUUCAAGUGGCGACGAAUCGCUGUCACCAAUCGCUCAAGUCCAUCAUGCACAUCAUUCGCGGCCAGAUCGACAAACCGUUCUUCGACUAUAUGGCCCCCCUUGUCCGCGACGGAACUUUCUUCGCCGGCCAUCUUCUCGCUAAGGAGGUAGGAGCCACAGAGGACGUCGGACUCUGCAUCAGAGCCCUUGGCCGGAUGCGAUGGGCAUUUUCCAAACGUGAGGAAAAGGAGGCGACUUUGGAAAUGGUCCACAAAGCACGAGCGACGGGAACGUCCCAACAUGCGCAGGUUUCCUCGAACACUUUGACAGGCAGCUCAUUCGACGCUUUCUUCAAAUCGUUCGGACAGUCUUACGCUGGUGACUCUCAUCGGGCGUUGCCUCCCCCCAUUUCGAUUCCUGGCUCUGCUUCUGGUCGUGUGGGCGACAGCUCCAGUGCCCCUAGCACCGCUAGCACCGACUACAGUAACUGGACUUCUCCUCCCAUCUCCUCCGCCUCUUCCGUUCGCUCCAUUCAUGACGAUAUCCUAUCCUCAUCUUCUCUCACUGGUUCCAGUUCGCCCUCGGACUUUCUCACUCCCACCCGUUCACCGCAGUUCCUUUCCGGGCCAGGGCUGUCUCCCGCGACCUUCCACCACCACAUCACUCCCCGGUCGUCGAACGAGUCGCUUGCUUCACCGCACAGUGCGGUGUCCUCUUCAGGCACUCAUUUUCCGCUCACAAAAGUCACCGAGAUGUCGUUCACGCCUCGCGUCGGUUCUUCCGCCCAUGGAUCUUCAGGAAUAUCAUUCAACCCCCCGCCACCCAGUGUUUCGCCCACCACGUUGGCCCAAAAUCCCUUACAGGACUCGAUGCGCAAUUAUCAGAUGGACACAAUAUCUCCAUCAGCUUACUUCGAUCUACGCGGAGUUUCGUUCCCAUCCCCAACGCCCAAUGGACUCAUCGCCUCUGAUAGUUCGGAGGAUCAACACUUUGCAAGCUUCUUCUCGUAAAUCCGCUUCGUAUCUCUUCCUCUUUUCGUAUCUCUCCUCCCUUUCACGAAUCGCUCCGUCUUGCUCUCGCUCUCUGGACUGCUUUCCUCGUUCACGUGAACAAUGCAUCGGCAACAUAUCUUGCUUUCGUCUUUCUUGCAUAAGUUAUUCUUCAGUUCGUAAUUCACUAUGGUUCUUCGUCUAAUCGCAUUGUUAGUCUCUCGCAACAAGUAAUCGCUGUGCUCUCCAUUUGUUUUCCUUUGCCCGCGUUCACGGAGAGGAGACCGUUGUUUGCUUUCUUGUGGAUCUCGUGGCUCUUGCAUUCUGCAUCGUGUUGUUCUGUUAUAUUUCUACAAACCCUUUCCAUAGCUCGGACUUAUAGUAGCGGUCGUGGCGGACUAUUCGAUCUGAAGAAAUACGUACCAUACGAAUGUAAAGCUCACUGU